CAUUGCUGUAUGUAUACUUUUGACCCAGCACAUUUUCAGUAGACCCAUAAUAAAUUCAUAAAAGAAGCAAACUUCAUGAAUGCUUUUUGUGACCAACAAGUAUGUGCUCCAAUCACUACAUCACAACAAAAUAAGAGUUGUAGAAAUGAUUGGAAACUCAAAGACAGCCAUGACAUGAUGUUCUUUACAAGUCUAUGUACACUUUUGAUCACGUGGACUUGCUUUCCUCCACUGUUUGACGUCACUGCAUGGGUGGCUCCGCAGGAGCAAAGUCAAACAGAUCGUAAAAAAAGAAGUGACAACGCCGGCGAAAAACUUCCUGCUUCAGUGUCGUUAAAGUGAAGGCAGCAUCAAGAAAGCCGGAGAAACGAAACCCUCAGAUGUCCGCAGUGAUGCACCUGUCCAAGGGGGAUUUUGUCUGGGUGGACUCCGGGGUCGGCGUGCCCAUCGGGGCCCAGGUGAAGGUGACCGACACCGGGCAGCUCCAGCUCAUCGACGAUGAAGGAAAGGAGCACAAGGUCAACAAGAAGAGCGAGGGCGCCCUGCGGCCCAUGCACCCCACCUCGGUCCAGGGCGUGGAUGACAUGAUAAGGCUGGGGGACCUCAACGAGGCGGGGCUCCUCAGGAACCUCCUGGUGCGACACAAGGACGGCAUCAUCUAUACGUUCACAGGCUCCAUCCUGGUGGCGGUCAACCCCUACCAGCUGCUGCCGCUCUACACGGCCGAGCACGUGCACAUGUACACGGACCGGCGACUGGGCGAGCUGCCGCCGCACGUCUUCGCCAUCGCCGACAGCUGCUUCUUCAAAAUGCGCCGCAACCGCAGGAACCAGUGCUGCGUCAUCAGUGGCGAGUCGGGAGCAGGCAAAACGGAGAGCACCAAGCUGAUGCUGCAGUUCCUGGCGGCGGUGAGCGGUCAGCACUCCUGGAUCGAGCAGCAGAUCCUGGAGGCCAACCCCAUCUUAGAAGCCUUUGGGAACGCCAAAACCAUACGCAACGACAACUCCAGCCGCUUCGGGAAGUACAUCGAUAUCAACUUCACCAAAGGGGGCGCCAUCGAGGGGGCUCGCAUCGAGCAAUACCUGCUGGAGAAGUCCAGAGUUUGUCGGCAGGCGCCUGAGGAGAGAAACUACCACGUCUUCUACUACAUGCUGAUGGGGAUGUCGGCAGAGCAGAAGAAGAUCCUGUCGCUCGGGACCGCCGCCCAGUACAACUAUCUGACCAUGGGCAAGUGCACCAGCUGUGAAGGCCGUGACGACGUGAAGGAGUACGCUCACUUCCGCUCGGCUCUGAAGAUCCUCAUGUUCACGGAGAACGACACCUGGGAGAUCUGCAAGCUGCUGGCCGCCAUCCUGCACUUUGGCAACGUCAGCUUCGAGGGAACCAUCGUCAACAACCUGGAGGGAUGCGACGUCCUCGCCUCCUCGCACUUCGACAUGGCCGGCCAACUGUUGGAGGUGGACCCGAAAGUGCUGCAGAAGAGCCUGACUCAGCGCUCCUUCAUGACCAUCCGAGAGAGCGUGACCAAAGUGCUGACCUCGGCCCAGGCUGUGGACGGCAGGGACGCCUUUGUCAAAGCUAUUUACGGCCGGCUUUUCAUUUGGGUGGUGGACAAGAUCAAUGCGGCCAUUUACAAGCCGGCCCCCGAGGACUCCAGCGAGGUCAGGCAGUCCAUCGGCCUCCUUGACAUCUUCGGCUUUGAGAACUUCAGCACAAACAGCUUCGAGCAGCUGUGCAUCAACUACGCCAACGAGCAGCUGCAGCAGUUCUUCGUCAAGCACGUCUUCAAGCUGGAGCAGGACGAGUACGCCCGGGAGAGCAUCGUGUGGGAGCGCAUCGACUACAAGGACAACCAGGACACGCUGGACGCGCUGGCCAACAAGGCGCUCAACAUGCUGGCGCUCAUCGACGAGGAGAGCAACUUCCCCAAGGGCACAGACGCCACCAUGCUGCAGAAGAUGAACCAGGUCCACGGGAAGGGGAGCGUCUACGUCGCCCCCAAGAACGACUACGAGAGCCACUUUGGAGUCCAUCACUUUGCUGGCGUGGUCUACUACGACUCCAAAGGUUUCCUGGAGAAGAACCGCGACACCCUCAGCGACGAUCUCAUCCAGCUGGUGGACACCUCCACCAACAAACUCCUCAAGCAGGUCUUUCACGCCCAGCUGACCACCAAGAGCAGCGGGAACCCUCGCAUGGUCGUCACCAGCGCCAACAACACGCUGAGGGCGACGAACGAGGGCAAGAAGCGGGUGCCCACGCUGAGCGGCCAGUUCCGCCAGUCCCUGGACUCCCUGAUGAAGACCCUGACGGUGUGUCAGCCGUACUUCAUACGCUGCAUCAAGCCCAACGACUACAAGAAGCCCAUGCUCUUCGACCGAGAGCUGUGCCUGCGUCAGCUGCGCUACUCGGGCAUGAUGGAGACCAUCAGGAUCCGGAAAGCCGGCUACCCCCUGCGCUACACCUUCGACGAGUUCCUGGAGCGCUACAGGGUCCUCCUCAAAACCUACCUGUGUGACCCCCAAAAGGAAAGUAAGGAGAAGUGCUGCCAGAGCAUCUGUGAGUCUGUGCUGGCUGGAGAAGGAGACUGGAAGACUGGCAAGACCAAGAUCUUCCUCAAGGACUACCACGACACCAUGCUGGAACUGGAGCGAGUGAAAGAACUGCAAGCCAAAGCACUUUUGAUCCAGAAGGUUCUACGAGGCUACAGAUACAGGAAAGAGUUCCUGAAGAAGAAAGCAGGCGCUCUCGUCAUUCAGAAACACUGGCGAGGAUACAAGGGGAGAAAACUGUACCGAGUGGUCCAGAAGGGCUUCGCCAGGCUGCAAGCCCAGGUCCGCUCUCGCCAACUGCACCUGCAGCACAAGCGCAAGCGGCAGGCGGCCAUUGUGCUGCAGGCCCAGGCGCGAGGACUACUGGCCAGGAAGGCGUGGCGGCGGAAGAGAGACGCCGUGGUCCUCCUGCAGGCGCACACCAGAGGCCUGCUGGCCAGGAAGACUCUCCGGAAGAUGAAACAAGACAGGUACGUGUCGGCCAAAGAGAGGGAGGCGGAGCAGCGGGCCAUCUUGGAGAAGCAGAAACAUCUGGAAGAGGUGCUGAGGCAGAUGGAAGCCAAAGCUCAGUCCGAGUCCAUCACAGACCAGGAGGUGGACAACAUCUUUGGCUUCCUUCCCCCGGUGGUCGGCGGGCAAGAAGGACAGGCGCCGGAAGGAUUCGAGAGCUUGGAGAGCAAGAAGGUUCUCCUGGAGGAAAUCGACAUCGACGACUUCCCCAUCGAGGAAGACCUGCUCGGGGACGAGGACGACGACCUGGACGAGUACCCCUUCUCCAAGUUUGCCUCCAUGUACUUCCAGGGCGCCGCGUCGCCUGAACACAUCCGCCAGAGGCUGCGGCAUCCCCUGCUCUACCACGAGGACCAAGGCGACGUCUCGUACUCGCUGACGGUCUGGUGGAUCAUCCUGAGGUUCAUGGGGGACCUGCCCGAGCCCAAGAGGCAGUUCCAGGUGCAGGGAAGUUCCUCGCGGGACCGCCUGCUCACCCAGGACGUGAUGAACCGCCAGGACAGACGCCUCAGCCACAUGGUGGGCCCGGACCAGCGGGUCCUGAGGAAUAAAAAAGUCCCGCAGCCGUCCCCCGUCCAGGAGUCUUCGGCACCAAACAGGAAAGGGUCCAUCUACGCAGACCUCCUGUCCAGAACCAAGAAAGCCGCUCCGAGCGAGACGACCACUAACGCCAAGACGUACACGGUCCCCGAAGGCAGCCCUCGCGUGCGCAAGGGUUCCACCUUCACAGACCUGCUGUCCAGGAGAAAAACCUCCACCGUGCAAGAAAACGGACUCCCCAGAUCCUCCUCCGGCUUCCGCAAGCCCUCCAUCAUCAUGGAGGAGCGGGAUGAUCAGACCGAGGUCACCAAGCCCCCCGCCCUGCAGGCGGUCCAGGAGGACGGCAACGUAAUGAUCGGGGAAGGACCCACCCUGGACCGACCUCUGACCUCUCUGGAGAAGCUCCACAUCAUUGUGGGCUACGCCAUCGUCAGACCGGACCUCAGGGACGAGAUCUACUGUCAGAUCUGCAAGCAGCUUCAGGACAACAACAACCGCGGCAGCUACUUCCGCGGGUGGAUCCUGCUCUCGCUCUGUCUGGGCGUUUUCCCCCCGAGUGAUCGUCUUAUCCGGUACGUUCAAAGCUUCAUCCGCUCGGCUCCAGGAGGCUACGCUUCGUACUGCGCUGACAGGCUGCGGCGCACCCUCAUCAACGGCGGGCGAGGGGAGCCCCCCGCCUGGCUGGAGCUGCAGGCGACCAAGACGAAGAAGCCGAUGGUUGUUUCCGUGACGCUGAUGGACGGCCACUCGGUCAACCUGCCUGUGGACUCGGCGUCCACGUCCAAGGAGAUCUGCCAGCUCCUCUCCAACAAAGUGAAACUGAAAGACACCUUUGGCUUCACUCUCUAUGUGGCGCUGCAUGAAAAGGUGUGGGCUCUGGGCAGCGGGCGGGAACACGUGAUGGACGCCAUCUCCCAGUGUGAGCAGGAAGUGAAGCGGCGAGGGGGCCAGGAGCAGCACGCUCCGUGGCGCCUCUUUUUCCGCAAGGAGAUCUUCACGCCCUGGCACGACUGUGAGGAGGACAAGACCAGCACGGAGCUCAUCUACAGGCAGAUCAUACACGGCUUGAAGUUUGGAGAGUACCAGAUGGAGAAGGAAGACGACGUUGUCCAGAUGGCUGCCAAGUACCUGUACAUCCAGCACGGUGCCGACAACUCUGCCGAGAAGGCCAAGGAGGCGGUGCAGGCCUGCAUCAGCAACUCUCUGCUGGAGGCCAAGUCCGAGGCCAAGUGGGUGCAGAUGGUCAGCACAGCCCACGCUCAGAGUUCUUACCUGAGCUCCCAGCAAAAGGCGGACUCUGUGAAGGUGGAGAUUGUCGACUACGCCCGCCAGAAGUGGCCCAUCUUCUUCUCCAGGUUCUUUGAGGUGGUCAAAGUGUCAGGCCACCCUCUGCCCAAGAACAAGUUCAUCGUGGCCAUCAACUGGACGGGCAUCACCUUCCUGGACGAGCGGGAGAAGAGGCUGCUGGAACUUUCUUUCCCGGAAGUCACCGGAGUCAACUCCACCAGAGAGGGUCAAGGCCCGGCCGUGUCCCUGCUGACCCUGAAGGGAGACUUCACGCUGAGCGGGUCCACAGCCGAGGACAUGGCCAACCUGGUCACCAUGUUCCUGGGCGGGCUGACCGAGCGCUCGCAGUACGCCGUGGCCCUGAAGGAGACGGACGAGCGAGACGACCCCACGUUGCUCAGCUUCAAGAAGGGGGAACUCAUCGUGCUGCUGAAGGACAACGAGUUCUCUGAGAAGAGAGGAUGGGUCAAGGGGAAGAACUCCAGCACGGGGAAAACCGGAGCCGUCCCUAUGGAUGCCAUCUUGAUUCUGCCCACUCUCAGCAAACCCACCAACGAGGUCAUGAGUCUGCUCAAUCUGUCCCCGAACCAGCGGAAGACCAUCCUGGCCAGCCAGAAGGAGACGGGCACGGUGGAGCGGGUCGCUCCCGUCACGCUGCGGGAGUUCUCCCUGGAAUAUUUCAGGAAGCCCGUGAAGGACGUCAACCGGCAGGUGAUGUCAAGGAACGCCGCCCCGGAGAGGCUGUGGCUGAACUCCAGGGAGCCCCUCAGACAGCCCCUGCUCCUGGGACUGGUGGGCAACUCGGAGCUGAGCCACAAAGCCUGCUUGGCCUUCACCGCCGUCCUCAAGUACAUGGGCGACUACCCCACCAAGCAGACCCAGAGUCCCGUGGAGCUCACCGACCAGAUCUUCGGGCCCGCCACUGAGAAGGAAGCCCUCAGAGACGAGGUCUACUGCCAGAUCAUGAAGCAGAUGACAGGCAACAACAACCGGUUCAGCGUGGAGCAGGGCUGGCAGCUGCUGUGGCUUUGCUGCGGACUCUUUCCUCCCAGCCAGACGCUCCUGAAGCACACUCGGAGGUUCCUGGAGUCGCGCCGCAGAGAACCGCUGGCGUCAGACUGUCUGCAGAGACUGCAGAGCUCCUUGAGGAUGGAGCCUAGGAAGCUGCCGCCACACCAGGUGGAAGUGGACGCCAUCCAGCAGAACAGCACGCAGAUCUUCCACAAGAUCCACUUCCCCAACGACACUGGAGAGAUUUUUGAGGUGGCGACCAGCACCAAGAUCAAAGAUCUGAUCAGGAACAUCUCCAACAAGCUGCAACUGGCUUCUGCGGAAGGCUUCAGCAUUUUCAUCAAAACCCGCGACAAGGUGCUCAGUCUGAACGACAGCGACUACUUCUUUGACAGUCUGAGGCAAAUCACAGACUGGUCCAAGAAUGCCAAACUCAAUAAAGAUGCCGGGCAAGUCAACGUGUCCUACCUGGUCUUCUUCAUGAAGAAGUUGUGGUUUAACAUCAUCCCUGGCCGGGAUUUGGAGGCUGACCUCAUCUUUCACUUCCCACAGGAAGUGCCCAAGUACCUGAGGGGCUACCACGUGGUCACCAAGGAGGACUUGGUCAACAUUGCGUCUCUGCUCUUCCGCAUCAAAGUUGGAAACGACAAAAGUCAGUUUGUGUCGAUUCCCAAGUUGCUGAAGGAGCUGGUUCCUGCUGACCAGCUGAAGGCCAUGUCCGAGAACGAGUGGAAGAAGAGCGUGGUGGCGUCUUACAACAAGCAGGCAGGGAUCAGCGUGGAGGAGGCCAAGGUGGCGUUCCUGAAGGUGGUUUGUCGCUGGCAGACAUUCGGCUGUGCCUUCUUCGAGGUGAAGCAAACGUCGGAGCAGAACUUCCCAGACAUUGUGCGGAUCGCCAUCAGCAAGCAAGGACUGACAAUCAUCCAUCCGAAAACUAAGGAAGUGCUGGCCAACCACCCGUUCACCCGCAUCGCCAACUGGUGCAGCGGCAGCACCUACUUCCACAUGACCAUCGGCAGCCUGGUGAAGGGCAGCAAGUUCCUGUGCGAAACCUCGCUGGGCUACAAGAUGGACGACCUCAUCACCUCCUACGUCAACAUGUACCUGCAAGACCGGAGGCCGGCACACAGCAGGAACCAGCGCUUCGACUGAUGCCAGGUGCUUGUGGACCACCAGUUAGUGGCACGUUCUACUUAAAGACUAUUUCUGCACUGACUCUGUGUUCCAAAACACGGCUCGCAUGCAUUUGUUUAUGCUCGAUCCCCUCAGCUGUCAAGGCAGAAAGGAAAUGUCAACACAAGCAUGGAAAAACAAUGUAAACAAUUGUAAACUUAACAAUAAACUCUUAAAAUGAAGGUGCAAAAAUAUGUUAGAAAUACUAAAUAAAGUGUAAGAAAAUAGCGCAAAGUGUGAAAAUGUAAACAUAGAACAACCUGAGAACUAUUUUCUGCAGUUUUAGUGCCAGGAAGUAACGGCUGUGUAACAUGAAUUUGCCCUGUUAGUCCUAUUUAACUAUGGGAAGGAAUUUUUACUAUGAUGUAAUUAUUUAAUUAUUAUUAUUGUACUGGUUGAUAUAGAUAAUUAUUGACAUUUUUUUAAUGAACUAUGGAAAAUAAGGAGCUCUGCAAAAAUAUAUUUUAUUUUAAAUGUAACCUUCCUCUGAUUAUAAUCCCUCAACUAUCAAGGCAGAAAGGAAAUGUCAACACAAGCUUGGAAAAACAAUGUCAACACAAUUGUAAACUUAACAAUAAACUCUUAAAAUGAAGGUACAAAAAUAUGUUAGAAAUACUAAAUAAAGUGUAAGAAAAUAGCGCAAAGUGUGAAAAUGUAAACAUAGAGAAACCUGAGAACUAUUUUCUGCAGGUUUAGUGCCAGGAAGUAACGGCUGUGUAACAUGAAUUUGCCCUGUUAGUCUUAUUUAACUAUGGGAAGGAAUUUUUGCUAUGAUGUAAUUAUUUAAUUAUUAUUAUUGUACUGGUUGAUAUAGAUAAUUAUUGACAUUUUUUUUAAUGAACUAUGGAAAAUAAGGAGCUCUGCAAAAAUAUAUUUUAUUUUAAAUGUAACCUUCCUCUGAUUAUAAUCCCUCAGCUAUCAAGGCAGAAAGAAAAUGUCAACAUAAGCAUGGAAAAACAAUGUACCGUAUUUUCCGCACCAUAAGGCGCCCUGGGUUAUAAGCCGCGCCUUCAAUGAACGGCAUAUUUCAAAACUUUGUCCACCUAUAAGCCGCCCCGUGUUAUAAGCCGCAUCUAACUGCGCUAAAGGAAUGUCAAAAAAACAGUCGGAUAGGUCAGUCAAACUUUAAUAAUAUAUUAAAAACCAGCGUGAUGUGGGCGUGCAUGGAGUCGUAUAUCAACAUGGACGGAGCUGCGUGAAAAAAGCCACCCGGCCUCUUCGCGUAAACUUACCUUAACCACUCGCUCAUCUUUUCU